AUGGGUAAGUGCAGUGUGAUGGACAGGGUGAGAGCAGCUGAUCCUCCUUGCAGCUUACUAGGCCUACACAAUCCUCCUGAACUCAGCAAAGAUGGUGAUGUACUGAUUGGUGGUAUCUUUUCCAUUCAUGUGAAAUGGGACCAGGUAACGCAUGUCUUUACAUCUAAGCCCUGGCAACCAAAAUGCAGAAGUUUGAGCCUACGUGAAUUUCAAAAUGCACAAACAAUGUUAUUUGCCAUUGAGGAAAUCAACAACAGAACCGAUCUUCUUCCUGGGGUCGAAUUGGGUUAUAAAAUCUAUGAUUCAUGUGAAUCAAUAGAAAUAACUACAAGAGCCUCCUUGUCCUUAGUUAAUGAAAAUGGAAAAAAUGCAUCUGAAAUCCCUUGUUCCAAACCGGAUACAGUUCAGGCAAUAAUAGGUCAAACAUCUUCCAGCCCGACACUUGCCAUUGCUGCAACUGUGGGACCUUUGAAAAUACCUGUAGUCAGUCACUUGGCAACAUGUGCAUGCCUAAGCAACAAAAAGAAAUAUCCAUCUUUCUUCAGAACUGUUCCCAGUGAUUAUUACCAGAGCAGAGCUCUAGCUAAACUGGUCAGCCAUUUUGGAUGGACAUGGGUGGGAGCUGUGUGCAGUAAUAACGACUAUGGAAACAAUGGCCUAAAUGAAUUUAUCAUUGCAGCCAAAGAAGAGGGAAUCUGUGUUGAAUACUCAAUGCCAUUCUUUAGGACAGAUCCCAGAGAAAAAAUUCUGAAACUAGUUGAGAUUAUCAAGGCUUCAACCUCCAAAGUUAUAGUAGCUUUUGUCUCGUAUUCUGACCUUGGGGUUCUUCUAAAGGAAAUGGCCUUACAGAAUGUGACUGGAUUUCAGUGGAUUGGAAGUGAGUCCUGGAUCUCUUCUAUAAACCCAACCAUUGUACAAUGGCAGCAUCUUCUGAUAGGCUCCAUGGGUUUUGCUAUCCCAAAAGCUCAAAUCAAGGGCCUAAGAGAGUUUCUUACCAAACUAAGCCCAACAUCUCAUGCUAUUUACCAAGAGCUGUGGGAGACAAUAUUCGAAUGUAAGCUUCGCACACAAGAAAAUUCUGAGAUUAAAGAAAUGUGCAAAGGUAAUGAAAGUCUCAGUCAAGUUCAAAAUAUUUUUACAGAUGUUUCAGAAUUACGAAUCGCAAAUAAUGUUUAUAAGGCAGUGUAUGCUGUGGCAUAUGCCCUGCAUAACAUAUAUAGCUGUUCAAAGAAUGAGCAUGGACAAGACAGUUCUUUUGCAUGUGCAAACAUAACAGAUAACAAACCAUGGCAGUUAGUCAAUGAGUUGAAAAAACUCCAUUUUACAGCUACAACUGGAGAGGAAGUGUACUUUAAUGAAAAUGGAGAUCCAGUAGCAAGGUAUGAACUGCUGAAUUGGCAAGAAGACAAAGAUGAUAAAAUAGCGUUUGUUCAAGUGGGCUUUUAUGAUAGCUCUUUGCAAACACAUCUUCAGCUAUCCUUUAACAACAUGACUAUAUCCUGGGCCCAAAACAGUAAUGAGCUGCCAGUCUCUGUGUGUAGUCCAAGUUGUCCCCUGGGUACAAGGAAGGCUGUACAGAAAGGAAGACCAAUCUGCUGCUUUGACUGUAUACCAUGUGCAGAAGGAGAAAUAAGUAAUAUAACAGAUUCUAUAACUUGUAUCACAUGCCCUCCUGAACUGUGGUCUAAUGAAAAGAGAGAUAACUGUGUCUUAAAGUUGGUGGAAUUCCUGUCAUUUGAGGAAAUAAUGGGAAUCAUUCUUGGAUCAUUUUCUUUUUUAGGAGUAGCUUUCACCAUUAGUAUUGCUGUAAUUUUCUUUAAACACAAGGAUACACCAAUUGUUAGAGCAAAUAAUUCUGAACUGAGCUUCUUGCUGCUCUUCUCUCUGACUCUGUGUUUUCUCUGUUCACUUACAUUCAUUGGUCAGCCCUCUGAGUGGUCCUGUAUGUUGCGUCACACAGCGUUUGGAACAACAUUUGUCCUCUGUAUCUCCUGUGUUCUGGGGAAAACUGUAGUGGUGUUAAUGGCCUUCAGGGCUACACUUCCAGGCAGUAAUGUCAUGAAAUGGUUUGGGCCUCUACAGCAGAGACUCAGUGUACUUGCCUUUACUCUUGUACAGGUCAUUAUUUGUGUACUUUGGUUAACAAUAUCUCCUCCUUUCCCAUACAAAAAUAUGAGGUAUUACAAGGAAAAGGUUAUAUUAGAAUGUCAUGUAGGCUCAGUUAUAGGUUUCUGGGCUGUUCUGGGUUAUAUAGGACUUUUGGCUCUUUUAUGUUUUAUCUUGGCUUUUCUGGCCCGGAAGUUGCCUGACAAUUUCAAUGAAGCCAAAUUCAUCACAUUCAGCAUACUUAUAUUCUGUGCAGUUUGGAUCACAUUUAUUCCUGCUUAUGUCAGCUCACCUGGAAAAUUCACUGUAGCUGUAGAGAUAUUUGCUAUUUUAACAUCAAGCUUUGGUUUACUAUUCUGCAUAUUUGUUCCAAAGUGUUAUAUAAUCAUACUGAAACCAGAUAAGAAUACAAAGAAACAAAUGAUGGGUAAAGCAUCUGCUAAAUAA